ACAUUCACACCAUCGCGGAAGAAGAACGUCUGCAACGUGAAAAGGAAGUUGUCACACUCCACAGAUCUAGUUGAAAAAACGAAAGCUGAUUGUCAGCUGACCAAAGAAGGAACGUAUUAUUAUUUAGCUAGCUAGCUACUGUAGCAGUGCUGGAAAUGUCGUAGUUAUUUCCCCUUAGUAAUAAGCACAUUGAAUAUACUGCUAUGUCGUCUGCUUCUGAACUAUAGACACUAUUGGGAAUAAUAACGUAAAUUGGCCUUGAAAUUAAGACUAGAGCUAAGUGAACGGCCCAGGCAUUAUGCUUGACACGGCGGUGACUGCGGUGGUAAGGUUUGCCAAGUACAACAGCAGUGUGUUCCCCACACCUGUGGACAACACUUCUGUAUUUCCUACCUGGCAACCCAACUCAGAGGCCAACAUCAGCAAACCUCACAAAUGUCUACAAGUCCUUUACGAAGACAUUGGGGACUCCAGAGUUCGGUUUUGGGAUCUCUUGCUGCUGGUGCCCAAUGUGGCGUUCUUUAUAUUCCUGAUGUGGAAGCUUCCCUCCGCCAGGGCCAAGAUCCGGCUAACCUCAAGCCCCAUCUUCAUCACCUUCUAUAUACUGGUGUUUGUGGUUGCAGCAGUGGGAAUCACCCGGGCGAUAGUGUCCAUGACCGUCAGUGCCUCCAGUGCUGCUACCAUUAUAGACAAGGUGCUGUGGGAGAUCACUCGCUUCUUCUUGCUGACUAUUGAGCUCAGCGUUAUCAUUCUGGGACUGGCAUUUGGUCACUUGGAGAGCAAGUCCAGCAUAAAGCGUGUACUUGCCAUCACUGCUGUGCUAGCUCUGGGUUACUCCAUUACACAGGGUACAUUGGAGAUCCUAUACCCUGACGAGCACCUAUCCGCUGAGGACUUCAAUAUCUAUGGCCAUGGGGGACGACACUUCUGGUUGGCCAGCUCUUGCUUUUUCUUCCUGGUGUACUCUCUGAUCUUCAUCCUACCCAAAACCCAGAUGAAGGAAAGGAUAUCUCUGCCCUCUAAGAAGAGUUUCUACGUGUAUGCAGCCAUCCUGUCUUUGCUCAACUUGGUCCAGGGCCUGGGCAGUGCCUUGCUUUGUGCUGACAUAAUAGAGGGACUUUGCUCGGAGCCAAAGAUCCUCUUCUCUUACAAGUCCCAGGUUGAUGAGCCUGAUGAGACGGACGUGCACCUGCCCCCCACCACCUCCUCAAGCCUUGGUCGCAAGGAGGUGGAGCAGGCUUCCUUUUACUCCAGCACCCAGAUUGAUGGGUCUGACACUGGGGCCUACCUGGACGACGUGGUAUCGGGACCCUAUGGGGCCGGCAGCAUCAACAGCAUUGACAGCGACCGCUGGAGGGCCAUCAACGCUUAGCAGGAAGAGAAAAAAAGGAAAGAAGUGGAGCAAUGGGAAGGAUAAAUUGAGUUGGACUGUGUAGGGAAUGACCAUGGUGGAUAGGGAGGUAAAUAAUUGAAGCAAAAGAGCAUGGAGAGUGCUUAAGUGGGAGCUCUGCUGGGGUAUAUUGAGACUAAAUAGGAAGGCUAAGCCAGAAAGCCAGAGGAAAUAUUGCACGUGAUGCCCCACCUCCUGUCAGGAUACUAAGAAUUGAGAGACUAUGAGAUUGCACCUGGUUAGCUUUCAAGCAGGUGACAAAGUCCAUAACUGUAGAAAUUGUACUCCAUUUGGCCCAUGGCAUCCCCUCCAUAUCAGCUGUUGCUGCCUCAUUCAGUCUGUUUCACACAUUUUACAAUACCUACUGUAGCCACAGCUACUGUGGAGUAAUACUUCCAUGCUUUGUAAGUAAAUCAGUGGUUUAUCAAGAUUAAAACAAAUCAAUGUUAAGUGUCCCAAUUCUAUUCUUCUAUUCUGUUUGGGAUUAUUGGAAAAUAUCAAUUUAUACCUAAUAAUUGUGACUCCCUUUCAAGCUAAGCCUCAGUUGUCUCGCAAAAGGACCUUCCCUACAAAUAGGGUAAUGUGGUAUUGUACCACAUUGUAAAUUCUUUAAUAACUGAAAUUUUGUUAUUCAUGUUUGAAAGGUUGUGUAAACUCAUGUCUUCAUAAUUUUCUCCACAUAAUUUAUUAGUGUGAGUUGAUGCACCCUUGGGACCAGCAUACCGAGCAGUGCAUUUGGUACUGUGUGAGACUCACUGUUGGGUCCUGGUUGAGACCCAACAUGGAAGCAUUCCCAAUGACAAUAUGUCAUAGAUACAUGUAAGAAUUUGCUGUUUUUAUUUAUGCAAGUUUGGUGAUUCAUUCCUUUUAUGUUGGGGGUUAUGGUGCACCAUAUUAAUCAUUCCUUGUAUUAAUCAGGAUUAAAUCUCAUUCUCAGUCAAUAAAGACCUUAUCCAAGAAAUGUAUUAGAAGAUAUUGCACGUAUAAGUGUUUUGAUGACCCCUUUAAAUUUGAAGAUACAGAAAGUUAGUUUUCUAUCCUGACAGUUUGCAAUAAAUCUCAUUUUAAAGAUGUGGGACUGCUUAACUCAAAUAAUUGACAUAAGACAGAAUUCAUACUUAAUUUUUGAAACUGUGCUCUUGUACUAUUGCUAAGGACCAGUAAAUAUUACACAGUAUGUUUGGUGACCAACUACCUAUAUAAUAAAAUGAGGUAUUAAAAUGCUUAAGCUAAAAUACCAAAAAG